UCUGUAUUCUCUUCUUUUUCUUUUUCUUUUUCUUUCCUUUUUAUUGCUUUGUUGGAUUAUACCUUCCCCUUUGGCUGUUCCUCUCCUCUUUAAUCCUUUUUCCACUCUGUGUUUUUUCUUCCUACCUUUACUUAACUUCCUUUAAAUAUCCAACACAAUCCCAAUGCGCUAGAUUAGAGAUAGAAGAAGGAGAGCAUUUUCAAACAACCCCACCUCCAAAUUUCCCUUUAAAUCAUUCGCAUUUCCAUUUCUCUUCUGAGCUUCAUCGAUCCUCAAUGGCGGAUCAUCGCCGGACCCGAUCCGCUACUUCGAGCAGUGACAUUUCUGUAUCUCUAGACGCAGAAAGCUUUACUACUGAUGCAAAUGCCAGAGGAAUUAAUGACAUAAAAUUAUCUGGAGAGAGCACGGCAGGGGAAGGAUCAGCGCCAGGAGAAGUAGAUUCGCAUUCGACUUCAAGUUCGAGUUCGAAUUCGAAUUUGAAUCACAAUCCGCUGGACCAGCUUCAACCGGCCAAAUUAACACAGAAUCGCUCUUUGGCUGCCUUAGCAACUAAACUUUUUGACGACAAGAUUCCAUUCAAGAAGAAGUUGAAAUGGGUAAGAAGAGUGGCUACUGUUACACAUGAUGGUGCUGUAAGGUUCGAUGUUCCGGGAGAUAUUAAACCACAUAGUCUUGAUCUUGAAACUGGAGUCGUUUAUAAUGGUACUGGAGAUGAAGAACAUGUUGAGGCACCAGAAGACAAACAUGUGCCUCCAUUGCAAAUUGUUAUGCUUAUUGUUGGAACAAGAGGAGAUGUGCAACCCUUUAUUGCUAUUGGAAAACGGCUGCAGGGAGAUGGGCAUAGAGUUAGGCUGGCAACUCAUGCAAAUUUUGAAGAUUUUGUUCUUACUGCUGGACUGGAAUUCUAUCCUUUAGGGGGAGAUCCAAAAGUUCUUGCUGGUUAUAUGGUGAAGAACAAAGGAUUCCUGCCGUCCGGACCCUCAGACAUACCAAUUCAGCGAAAUCAAAUGAAGGAUAUUAUAUUUUCUUUGCUCCCUGCAUGCAAGGAAGAUGAUCCUAAAACCAAUAUUCCAUUUAAAGUAGAUGCAAUAAUUGCCAAUCCCCCAGCAUAUGGACAUACACAUGUUGCUGAGGCGCUAAAAGUACCAAUUCAUAUAUUUUUCACCAUGCCAUGGACCCCUACUAGUGAAUUUCCACAUCCUCUAUCACGUGUUAAGCAACAAAUUGGAUAUAGACUAUCAUAUCAAAUAGUUGAUGCAUUGAUUUGGCUAGGAAUACGAGACAUGAUAAAUGAAUUUAGGAAGAAAACGCUGAAGCUGAGACCUAUAACGUAUUUAAGUGGAACCUCUAGUUCUCCCAAUGACAUCCCAUAUGGGUAUAUAUGGAGUCCUCAUCUUGUUCCCAAACCCAAAGAUUGGGGGCCUAAUAUUGACGUGGUUGGAUUCUGCUUUCUUGACCUUGCUUCAAGUUAUGAACCACCGGAUUCACUUGUGAAGUGGCUUGAAGCUGGGGAAAAGCCCAUAUACAUUGGAUUUGGUAGUCUUCCUGUUGAAGAGCCAGGGAAAAUGACCAAGAUUAUAGUUCAAGCUCUGGAAAUAACUGAACAAAGAGGCAUCAUUAACAAAGGUUGGGGUGGCCUUGGGAAUUUGGAAGAACCAAAAGAAUCUGUGUACUUAUUGGACAAUUGCCCGCACGAUUGGUUAUUUCCUCGUUGCUCUUCCGUGGUACAUCAUGGCGGUGCAGGAACAACUGCAGCUGGUCUAAAAGCUGCGUGUCCAACAACAAUAGUACCGUUCUUUGGAGACCAGCCAUUUUGGGGGGAGAGAGUACAUGCUAGAGGAGUUGGUCCUGCUCCCAUCCCAGUUGAGGAAUUCACGCUUGAUAAGCUGGUUGAUGCCAUACGUUGCAUGCUAGAUCCCAAGGUGAAAGAGCAGGCUGUUGAAAUUGCCAAGGCCAUGGAAAAUGAGGAUGGUGUGGCGGGGGCUGUCAGAGCUUUCUACAAGCAAUACAGACCACCAAUGAGUAAUAGUGAAGCCUUGUCGCAUCAUCGGAAGAGAUUUUCAGUUAGGCAAUGUUUUGGUUUGUCGUGCUCUUGAGAUUAUAAUCAAUACACCUCAAGGAAUGGUCUUUGCUUUCAGUUUCCCAUCACCAAUGUAAAUUUUGCUUAUUACCACAAAAGCUGCCUGCGUGUGUGGAACCCUUUUUUGUUGUAACUUCUUGUAAUUGUCCUUUUGCUGCAGUAAGUAUUCUGUUUAUUCUCCAAUCAAAAUCGUACGUUUCUUGUUGAUUAGAAAGUCUUUUCACAUAAUUAUCUCGGGCCUAUUACAUUUACACUAGAGUUUUGUGCACCUUGUCUAUUGUAAAGGUAAAAAACAUAACAUAUAAAGUUUUGGAAG